AAAUCGCUAUAAACGUCUCUAAUAAAGCGGAUGCUGCUUAAAGAAAGACAGACUGGGAUUUUCUGAGCCACAAGUUUAUUUCUCAUUGGAUUCAGUGGUGCUGUCUUCCAAUGAAAGGAUAUUGCGUUUAUAAAUACGAACGAAUAAACAAAAUUAUUGCUUUUACAUUGGAUUCCUUCACAUUUCUGUAAUCGCUGUGGCGAUCACGUGUUACACCGGGUUUCAUGUGUAUGAGGGGAGCGGUAGUGAGUCACGCGCGUGUUUUUAACAUGGAGAUUCUGGGCAGCACUUUUGAUGAUUCUGUGUUCGAGGAAUCAAGGAACAGAGUCUCCGCUGCUCUUCCCGCAUACGAGCCCAAACUCUGCGAACCUCUGUGGUUUUGUGAAGAUGGAAAUGUUGAGGACCCAUUAGAAGAACAAAAAACCCUGAAGUUUCGAGGAGAUCUGGCCUACAGGAGGAAACGGUAUCAGGCUGCUCUGGAUGAGUAUGGAUCCUGCCUCUCUCUCAUACCUGCUGGAAACAUAUCAGUGAAGAGAGAUGUGCUGGAAGGGAUCGCACGAUGCUGCUGUCACCUGGGCAAAAAAGAAGAGGCUCUAAAUGCCUGUGAGAAACUGAGGACAGAAGUAUCCAACACCUGCCACCUCACUUGCAUCCUUCAGCUGGAGCUGAGUGUUUAUGAACACUACAGAGAUCUGACAAACAGCAUCUCCAGCCUUCAGCAGCUGUGCUGUCUUCAUCCCUACCAUCCGUGGUACUGGCUGAAUCUGGCCAUGAGCUUUCAGAGGCUCCUGGAGUCUGACGGCCGUCCAGACAGAUCCAGCACCGAGGAAGAACACGACCAGCAGCAGGGGACAAGUAGCAUUUUACGAUUAAAGACCAUCAUGUGCUUGAUAAGAACAAGGUUGCUAUUUGAAAUCCUGCGGAUUCAGCAGUUCUCAUUCGUCCUGGAGAAUAGCCAGAGGGCCUUACAAGACAUUGAGGAAGCUCUACAUGUUCUACAGCCAACAGAAAAAAUGCUUCAGACAGUGUCUGAGGUGAUGGCAGAAGACCUCAAUCCAGAGAAGAUGAGAGAGGAAAACCAAGAUGGGGAGAGUUUAUCAGGACUUUAUAUUAAAGACUUUGAUGACAGGUGGUGGAACAAACUCCACACUAAAAUGCAGCAGGAGACUCCAGCUUUAUCCAUGCACAGACCUCUGCAGGAGACAUAUGAAUAAUUUGAAUAUUGAUUGUACUUGUAUAAAUGAAUGUGCAUCUUUUAUUGGUGCUUUUACUGUUACAGAGCAGAAUAAAGUUGAAUGUUUUAAAAUAAAUAA